AUGCUAUGUCGCCAGCUAGAGCGGCAUAAAAGUGAGUUCCAGCAUAUAGUGGUACUGCUUCCUUCCCGCUCUUCUUGGCUCUCUUCAAUACAGGUAAGCUAUAAGCCUCAUCUUGUCACAAUGCUUGGGAAGGCGUCACUUGCGUCGGGUCUGCUAUGGACAUCAGUUUCGUUAGCACUCUCAUUCAAUCGUACGCAGUGCCAAUACCCUACAAAAGACCUGCUCGAAGGCUGUCCCAAUGGAACUCUGUUAGUUGGAGCAAACCAGACAUAUACAAGCGUACAGUCUGCAGUCCUGAGCUUGCCGAAGAACAACGCUAGCUACACCAUCCUCGUUCUACCUGGCGACUACACCGAGCAAGUCAACAUUACCCGCCAAGGACCAGUGACCAUCCUAGGACAGACAUACCACCCCAACAAUGCAUCUGCCAACCUUGUCAACAUCAUCUGGCAUAACGCCACCGGUACAGCAACAAUCGGAACGUACGACAAUACAUACACCAGCACCUUGACAGUCGCGCCAACUCUCAACUCCAGCUUGACAGGUUCUGGACCAACAGGUAAUGCCGUGCUCGCAGAGACGCCGUUUGGCAACGAGAACUUCCGAGCUUACAACCUCAACUUCAUCAACGAUUAUCUUCCAUACUCCGCAGGACCGAGCUUGGCGCUAAGCAUGAGCUAUUCCAAUGCAGGCUUCUACUAUAGCCAGUUCUUGAGCUACCAGGAUACGGUGUACGUAGGAAAGCUGGGCAAUGCCUACAUGCACGAGUGUAUCAUCGGCGGACAAACCGACUUCUUCUACGGCUUCGGCACUCUCUGGGUCGAAAACUCGAACGUCCUCUUACGUGGCUGUGGCGGGGGUAUCACAGCAUGGAAGGGCACCAACAACACACACGAGAACAAAUACGGCGUCUACAUCCACGACAGCCAAGUCAUCGCCGCCAACGAUACGCUGGACAUCACCCACAAAUGCGCCCUUGGCAGGCCUUGGAACGCCCAACAUCGAAGCAUAUUCUCCAACAGCUAUCUGGAUGAUAGCAUUCUUCCUGCGGGAUACAUUGAGUGGAGCACGACAGAACCUCGCGUGCACUUCAACACGACCAUGGCAGAAUAUCACACCUACGGCCCCGGCUUCAACGCAACCGCACGUGCAGCAAGCAAUGUGACCAUCGAGCUGACGACACAGCAGUACGAACCAUACUCGACGCCAGAGAAAGUCUUUCAAUUUCCCUUUACGGGAACUUUUGGCAAUACUGCCUGGAUCGAUAAAGAUCCGCUAGCCUGUUGA